CCUUUAGACCAAUGCGGACGUGUUUACAGCGGUUCUUGAAAUCAUAAUAAAAACAAAUAGAAAUAAAAAAUCUAAAGUGGAAACUGGUGAACAAGUGAAGCAAAAUUUACGUGUUUUAAGAAAAAAUAUUAAAAGAAAUUUUAAAAGAAUUUUGUGAAGUUCAUUAAAAAUUAAUAUCCUAAUUAGAAAACAAGUAUACGCCAAGAUGAACCUACUAUCAGCAACGAAACCAUAAAGAAAAUUUGAAAUUUUUGUGCAAAAAGUUUUAAGGAUUAAAUAUUUUGAGGAAAAAGAAACUUUUUGAUUUAAAUACCAAACAAGUAAAGAAAACAAAAAAGUUAUAUUUUUUAUCUACAAAUGUAUUUUGUCCAAAAACAAGAAAACAAGAAACUUUAUUUCGUAUUACAUGGAUUUUAAAGGAUAUUUUUGUUUGUUUGGCCAAGGAUAUAAGGCCAACACAACAACAACAACAAUAACAAACUUUGAAUAGUUGCCAACACAGUAUAGUGUCAUCUAUUUCGCCUUUUGUGUGAUGUGAGAUGUUCAAAAACAAUAACAAAUAUAAAUACUUAUAUUGUCACAAACCAAUAUCAUAUUACAAAUCUAUAGAGACCACCUUUAACUUAAAUAAAAAUCUAAGAAAACUCUAAAAAAAUAAAUAAAACUCUAAGAAUAUAUAAAAACAAAACUCUAAAACAUUUUAAAACACAUACAUCUUUAACUUCCUUUUAAAUAAAAAAUAAAUACUAAAAUGUUAAUGGCCUGUUUUUAUAAAGGGUCAAAUGUCUAUGUGUAUUUAAGUGUAUGUGUGUUUAAAAUUUAUCCAACACAUCCUUUAACGCUUUUAAAACCAUUUGCAACACAAUAUAUCCUUGAAAACUUGGCAUUAUGUCGCAUUUUCAAAGGCGUCGUCGACAGUUUGGUGAACCUUGUGAUUGUCUAAAGCCGCUUAUAAGGAUAUUUGGUAUUAUAACAGCUUUUGUAAUUUGUGGUGUCGGGGUCGAUGUCUAUUUACAUGGCUAUGAAGCCGGACUAUUUAUAGUAAUUUCUUCAAUAAUCAUAUUGUUGUUUGAAGUCAAAUGGGUCAUAACUCUUUUCCUGCAAUUAAUAUUUGGCAACGAUAACUAUUCAAAAUGUUUACAAUGUUGGUCGUGCUGUAAAUGCUUUGGUAGCUGGCGUCUCGCCUUUCCCUAUAUUGCUAUUGGCACUGCUCUAAUGGUGUGGCCCCACAAUCUCUGGCUAAGUUAUGUGGCUGGUCUUUUGCUGAUAUUUUUGGCGGUGCUGCGUUUAUGUUUAGUCUUUCGUUUCAGUAAUAACUCAAAGGAUGAGGGUUUAUUACCGCAAUGUGAUUUUGAGAAAGUUGAAAGUGGUCCGGAUUUACCGGAAGACGGUUUUAUUGAAAUCGGUCCCAGUCUGGAAGAUGAAGAACCCAUUGAUGAUGUUUGUUAAUAUUUGAGUUCAUUAGGUUUAGUUUUCUAAACUUUAGUUUUAAGUCCUUAAAUAAUGAUUUUAUUUUGUUUUUAGUUAAUGUAUUAUAUAAUAUAACAUAAUUUAAUAUAUGCCGAUUUAUAAU